CAGCUCUUUAUUUUCUUUCUCAAAGCUUCUCAUUUUGUCAUUAACCAUUGUUUCUCUUCCCCCCACACCAAACCAAAUACACAAAAUUUCCCUUUCUCACUUCCAAUUCCACACACACACAAAAAAAAACCCAUUGUAAGCAGACCUGUCGUUGUUUCCUGUUUUGUCAUUUGGCUUAUUCCAUAGUUGUCUUUCUCUUCUAGCUUAAAGAAGAAGAAAAAAUGCAAUCUAUUGUAAGCAGUGCUGCCAGUACAGUUGCCGAAUACACGUUUGGUGUCAUCAAACGUGGGAUUGGGUACAUAAUUUAUGUUGACAGCAAUGUCCAGGGUCUGAAGGAGCAAGUUGGAAAGCUGGAAGAUGCUCGAGGAAGAGUGCAGCAUUCUGUCGAUCGGGGCCAUAAGGAAUGCAGAGAAGAUUGAAGCGGAUGUCCUCAAAUGGUUGGCCAACGAUGAUAAGAAGUUGACUGAAAACGUUGAGGAGAAAUUGAAGGAAGAUGAGGAGAAAGCAAAGAAGAAAUGUUUCUUUGCUCUGUGUCCGAAUGUCAAGUCUCGCUACCUAGUCAGCAAGAAAGCGGUGGACGAGGCGCAUGCUAUCAGUGAACUCCUGGAACAAGGGAAAUUCGACAAAGUUUCGUAUUCUCCUCCCAUAGAGGGGGUAGUGACCAAAGGUUACAAGGCCUUUGAAUCGAGAACAACAGCCUUGAAGGAGAUUAUGGAGGCCUUAAAGGAAUCAAGUGUUCGGAUUGUUGGAAUACACGGGAUGGCUGGCGUAGGCAAGACCACGCUUGCCAAAGAAGUUGCUGCCAGAGUGAAGGAGGAGCACUUGUUCGACGAAGUUGCAAUGACCAUCGUCACUCAUAAUCCAGACAUAAGAAAAAUUCAAGGAGAAAUUGCUGACAUGUUAGGCCUGCAUGAUGAUAGAACUAUAUUUGUUUAUAUUGGAAGAUGCUAUUAUAUAUUAUUUGAUAAAUUAUAUUUACUUCUUCUCACUUAUUAA